AUCUCGACAGCAGUGCCUUUCAAUCCGCGCUCUAUCGUAUUGUCCAAAAAAUAGACCAACGGAGGUCGCGCACAUCGCCGAAAACGCCUUGCCCCCGAGUCUUGUACAACAAAAUGGCCGGUAUGCUUCCCAUGGCCCUCUAUGGCCUCGAGGUGCCUUGUGGGGACGUCGCCAUCCCAGCGCGCCCUGAUAUUCCGUCUGCCUACCGCAUCACCAUGGCUGCCAUCGAUCCAAGCGCCGAGCCUGAAGGAGAUGAGGGUGUGCCAGCCCGUGCGACGCUGAAAAUUAUCCGCCAGGCGCUCACCGAGGACUACUCGGACGAGGAAGACGACGACGACGACGACUUCGACAUUGAGGAGUUGGAGCGCAUGAUCGGGGAGCAAGGCGACUCGGACGAGGAAGAUAGCGAAGACGAAGAGGUCAAUGGCGGCCCAAGCGACCCAGCCAAGACCAAGGCUGCCCGCAAGGCUGCUGCUCAAAAAGCCAUUGCCCAGCUCAUCGCUGAGCAGGACGAUGAGGACGAGGAUAUGGAGGAUGCAGGGCUUGUCAACGGCAAAAAGUCUGCCAAAGCUCUUGGCAAGCGUCCUGCCGCGGAUGAUGAGGACGACGAGGACGACGAGGAGACCGACAGUGACGACGAGGGUGAGUACGAGGAGUUCGUCAUCUGCACUCUGGAUCCCACCAAAAACUACCAGCAACCGCUUGACAUCACUGUUGGCGAGAACGAGCGCGUUCUUUUCAAGGUUUCUGGUACCCACUCCAUCUACCUGACUGGCAACUAUGUCCAGCCAGCCGAUGAGCACCACCACGGACACGAGGGCAUGUACGACCCAGACAGUGAUGACGAGGACGACUACGAUCUCGAGCCAGACAGCGAUGAGCUGGACGAAUACGACGAGGAGGAUGACCUCGACGAUAUGGAGGACCCACGCAUCACCGAAAUCGAAGAUGAUGAAGAGGCACCAGCGCUCGUCAAGGCCACCAAAGCCGAGAAGAAGGGCAAGAACAAGCGCCCCGCUGAGGAGGAGACGGCCGACAGCUCCACCAUCGACGAGCUAAUCGCCAAUGCUACCAAGAAGGACGAGAAGCUGAGCAAGAAGCAAUUGAAGAAACUGAAGAAGAACGACGGCACUGCCGCCCCAGCCGACGAGGUUGCAAAGAAGGAGGCCGAGGCCCCAGGCUCGAACAAGUCUGACAAGAAGGUCUCAUUUGCCAAGGAGCUCGAGCAAGGCCCAACCCCUACCAAGGACGCGAAGAAGGACAAGGCUGCUGCUACCUCCGGCCCUCGUACUGUUCAGGGCGUCAAGAUUGAUGACCGCAAGCUCGGUUCUGGUCCAGCCGCCAAAUCGGGUGACCGCGUGAGCAUGCGCUACAUCGGAAAGCUCGAGAAGGACGGCAAGGUCUUCGAUUCCAACAAGAAGGGCAAACCUUUCAGCUUCAAGCUCGGCUCGGGAGAGGUCAUCAAGGGUUGGGACAUUGGUAUCGCUGGCAUGGCUGCUGGUGGUGAGCGACGUAUCACCAUUCCUGCCAACCACGCUUAUGGUAGCCGUGGUGCGCCUCCUUCCAUUCCCGGCGGAGCUACCCUCGUUUUCGAUGUCAAGCUCCUCGACAUCAACAAGAAGUAAAAAUUGUGAUCGAAGCAAGGAAAAGGAAAAGGAAGAGAAAAGAGUGUACAACUUACGGCUGUUACUGUACGGAAAAUGUAUGGACUAGUCUACUCCCAGUACCCCAAGCGCUGGAGGGAAGGACGACUAGAGUCUCUAUUAUCCACACGAGAGUUACUGCGAGUUCUGGUAUUUUCUUUGUGUGCGUGUGUGUGUUUUUUCUUUUCCUUUUAGUGUUGCUGGCAUUCUCGCGCUUCUCUUUGAAGAUACCCGACUUGCAUAGGUAUUCUUGUAGCAUUGCAGGGAUGAUGGGUGAAACUCCUCUGAUGGCGUGUGUAGGUAGGUAGGAUACUUAUGUAUCUAUCUCUGUGUACAAAAAUAAAAAAAAGUUCAUGGACG